AUGGUCAAUCAAAAUAGUCUCAAAAGGGAUCCGAAUUCUGGCACUUCGUUAUUACAAAUCCCUGCUGAGCUAGAAGUGUUAAAUAAUACCUCCUCGGUGGAUGUCCAAGCCGGAUGGAUACAGCAACCAUUAGACCAUUUCCAGUCGAACUCUCAAACAUGGAAGAUGAGGUAUUUUUCAACUUUACAAUAUUUUCGGCAAAAUGGUCCUGUAUUUAUAUAUUUGGGAGGAGAAGGAGUAGCCGACCCAGUACACUUACAGAUUGGAGUAAUACAAGAAUUAGCACAAGAAACGGGAGGGGCAAUGUUCAUGACUGAGCAUCGAUAUUAUGGACUAAGUAAACCGUUUCCUAAUUUAAAUACGGAAAAUUUGAAGUGGUUAUCAUCAGCGCAAGCCCUUGCUGAUAUAGCGAAAUUAAUCACAUACAUAAAAUCUGAUCCUAAAUUUAUGAGAUCAAAAGUCGUCUUGAUCGGAGGAUCAUACGCUGGUAAUUUAGCUGCAUGGAUGAGGCUGAAAUUCCCUAAUUUAGUUGACGCAGCUUACGCGAGUAGCAGUCCAGUUUUGGCAAAAAAAGAUUUUUAUGAGUACUUGGAGAAAGUAAAUCAAAAUUAUCAGAAAUAUGGAACGCCGAACUGUUUGGUUAAAACUAAAACCAUUUUUCAAAGGUAUAAAACACAGCUCCAAAGCGUACAAGGCAUCACGCAGCUAAAACGAGAAAAUAAUAUUUGCGAUACUAGCGAUUUUAGUAAUAUUAGAAAUCAAUGGUUCUUUUUCUUGAGUAAAAUUAAUCCAUUUACACAAUCGUCACAAUCUGGAGGGCCGAUACAAAUUAAGAAUCAUUGUUAUCAAUUGGAAAAACAGAAUACACACUAUUAUUCAAGGAACAACAGAAAGACGUGUGAAGACAUGACCUAUGUUACAUUCAUUGACAGUAUACGAAGAAGCAGUGACUUCCAUGCGUGGUUUUAUCAGGUCUGUACUGAAUUCGGAUAUUUCCAAACAACAACGUCUAAAUCACAACCAUUUGGUGACGUUAAUCCUAAAGAAUUUUAUUUGCAUAUAUGUAAAGAUUUAUUCGGUGCUGACUUUAAUGAAGCAAGAGUUGACAGGGGUGUGCAAAAAACCAAUCAAGUUUACGGGGGAUUAAGACCGAAUGUAACUCGCGUAGUAUUUGUUAAUGGGGAUGUAGAUCCAUGGAGUACUUUGAGUAUUCUUGUAAAGCAGUCUUCAGAAGUGCCAGCUGUUGUCAUACCUGGAGCAAUACAUUGUCAAGAUCUAAGUGCUACGUAUCACUCUCCAGAAACACUUAAACAAGCUACGAAGUAUGCUAAAAAUAUGGUAAAAACUUGGAUUGGUAUGGGAAAUGGACCAAGGUUCAUGGACGCUGCAUUACAAACGUCCCCUGUAUAAUUUUGAUCAAUAAAAUAUAAAAGUUUU